CUGUUUCCCCCUUCCCCCUUCUGGGGCUUUUCUUUUGAAAGGAACUGUUUUCUAUCCUGUGAUGGGAAGAGACAGAUCUCCAAAAGACAGAGCAGCUUUCUGAGCAUCCCCCUCCCGUAUCAGGACAAACUGACAAUUCCUCCUCCCCUCAAUGCUUCUGGCUGCUCUUUUUCUCCCAGCUUUCCUCCCCUCCCGCCGGCCUUUGGCUAACCUCAGCUGAUUUCCAAACCCUCCACGGCUGCUCGGGGUUGGUACAAAGGUUUAAUUAUUUCCCUUUCCCUGGUUAAGGCGGGGACGGGGAGAAGGUCGGGCCCCAUCGCCCGGCACUGCUGAUCUUGGCACUUUUGCUGUGCGGUUCCUCUCUCCCGGCCCCCUCCCUUCCCUGCCUCCUGCCCACUGGAUGGGCCCUGGAGCCCUCCAUGGAUCCACAGGCAGUUCGGGGAUGCUUGUGCCUGCUUUGCUUUUCCCUCCUGAGAGCAGCAAAAGGGAAUCUGCUGCCUUCUUUCCAUCCCAGGAGCCUGUAUCAGUACCAGUACUCCCUGGCUGUCCAGCUGCAGCACGCCUCCACACCAUCCCCGUGGGGGGCCCAGCUGCAGGCUGAGGCACUGAUCCAUCUGCAGCAGCUCUGGAGGGACCCAGGCGGGGAGGAGCCGCUCCAGCUGCAGAUCCAUGACCUGAAGGCCCAACACCAGCCAGAAGAGGAGAGGAGCCAGGACAGCACCAGAGGCUCCCCUGUAGAGAUUGCACUGAGCCCAGAGGCACAGGCAGAGCUCCAGCAGCCAGUGUUCAUCUCCUGGAGCAGUGGCAAGGUCAAAGCUUUCUACGGGAAUGAAGCAGAAAACAUCCUGAUCUCCAACCUGAAACGAGGCAUCACCAGUCUGUUCCAGCUUCAGCCCCAUGCCAGCACCACAGUGGAG